AUGAAUAAGAAGUCUGAAUUCUAGAGAGCCAAUACAACUAAAUAAUUAAAUAAUAGUAAUUAGAACAGUCCGAAGUUAAUUAUAUCACAAAGUACCUCGAUAGGGUUUCUCAAUGAAUAGAGCAAUUGUUUAUCGAAAUCACUUCCGUAUAGUCCCAGUCGGGUAGAUUAUUCUUUCGACAGAAUAAUCGAAUAAAGCAUUAUAGAAUCGAAAGGUAAAAACUUGCCAACGAAUGCUAAUGACUAAGAACAACCAACCAAAGUAUUCUGUCAAAAAUGUUAAAAAUAAGUCAUCUCUAGAAUCGAGAAAUAAUAUGGUUGUGGUGCACUAAUUGUCACUCUCUUGAUAUUACUGAUUUUCUGGCCAUUAUUUUGGAUUCCAUGCUUUGUUUCGGAAUGCAGGGACAUUAUACAUUAUUGUCCAUCCUGCGAAGAAAUUAUUGGAAUGAAACCUUAUAAACUUUGUAAAUGA